AUGUCCACCGCAAUUCCCUGUCGAGUGAUGUGGAAGCGCUGGUUUAUCGCCGAGAGGAGCUCCAUGCGCAGUCCCAUCCGUCUCGUAUCACGCCAAGACUCUGGCCUAUCUGCGCUCAGCUUUCAAAUCGUGCGUAAUACCAUGCUUUGGCUCGCGCGUUUGUAUCAUGAUUCAACUGCUUCGAUGGAAGCGUCGUACUUUGCCCUGGUGGACAUGGGACCUAGUGGCCUGGAUGCCGCUUACGACGCGGCCCUCCACCGGUCUGUGAGCCACUUCCACGCCCCCAUCGACAUAUGCCAUGCACAUGCCACCGUCUACGCCGUUCACGACAUGCUGGCGCAGGUGGCACCUACAAAGUCGUCCUCCCUGCACGGUCGUUGCAAGUCUGACGCAUUUUUCAAAUUCGAGUUGUUUCCGUCGCUGUCGCUGUGCCAAGCCACUCGUGUCUCCAUGGACCGAUUGUAUCACGCCCGACGCGCCGUGGAAGCUGUCGCCGCCAUCGCGAUCGAAUCUCGGUUCGUGUCUAGCAUCGCGGACUUGGAAACCAAGUCGGCUGGCAACUUGAUGGACAUUCUGAAGGCAGUGUUUGCCCCGUUUCGGGUCCGAUGCCUCCAGAGACGACGAGGGUCCCACCCCUCGAUCAAAUCGAAAGUGGCGUCGUUGCAUUUUUGCAUGAACGAAACGAAAACUGACCUGAAAAAGCGACCUUUCUCGCAAGUGUUGGCAGACAACGACACGACUAUGGCGUGA